GACAGGCAUCGUGCCCCCAGGCGGGGCGACAGGCAUCGUGCCCCCAGGCGGAGCGGCGGGCGCCGGACCCCCAGGCGGAACGACAGGUCUCAGGCCCCCAGGCAGGCGGGGCGGGCGGGCACCGAGUCACCAGGCACAACCGUGGACUCCGAGUCAACUGGGAUGACCGCUGGCACUGGGUCAGACAUUGGAUCGUCUGGCUGGACAGCGGGCAUCGGGUCACCAGGCAUCAGGUCAUUUGGCUCGACAGCGGGCACCGCGUCAUCUGGCAAGGCAGUGGGCUCUGACGGGCACUGGGUCACCAGGCAUCAGGUCAUUUGGCUCGACAGCGGGCACCGCGUCAUCUGGCAAGGCAGUGGGCUCCGAGUCAACUGGUAUGACCGCGGGCACUGGGUCAGACAUUGGAUCGUCUGACUGGACAGCGGGCAUCGGGUCACCAGGCAUCAGGUCAUUUGGUUCGACAGCGGGCACCGCGUCAUCUGGCAAGGCAGUGGGCUCCGAGUCAACAGGCACGACAGUGAGCACCGGGUCAUCAGGUACCGGAUUGUCUGGCUCGACAGCGGGCAUCGGGUCACCAGGCAUCAGGUCAUUUGGCUUGACAGCGGGCACCGGAUCAGGUACCGGAUCAUCUGGAUCAACAGCGGGCAUCGAGUCAACUGGCCUAAUAGGAUCGUCAGGCUGGAUCAGUUCAUCGUGCUGGGUAGAGAGGCAUCAGGCCGAGUAGAGGCUUCAGGCCGAGUAGAGGCAUCAGGCCGAGUAGAGGCAUCAGGCUGAA